GCUACAGGCGGAGUUUUUGAGAACUGGGAAGAAUUUGACAAACUUUGUUGAUCCCAACGUACUCUAAACGGACCGCAGCUAAGCGCUGCCAGUCGUUAUAUAGAGACAUCGAUUAGUUUACUGUGUAUGUCGACUUAAAUUGAAAUAAGUUAGAGUUCCUCUUUUCAUGGAAUAUGAAGAACAACGCCAGGAGGAUGAGAUCUUGACCGAAUCAUGCAUGGAUAUUUAUUUUUCCUUUUAUCAAACUUCACGUUGUCUGUCUAGUUGAAAGCGCGGUUAGGACGGAGCGGUUUUUUGCAUAUUUAUUUUUUAUUCCCAUCGUUUUUAAAAAUGAUUGUUGUUUAAUUCAAACGGACAUGGCUAACUGAUAUAAUAGACAUUUUUUGUGACGUGGGAAGUUAAUUUGAAUUGAAUAUGAAAACGUAACUUUUCCAUGUAAACUUUUCCACUUCGCCAACUCUCUCGGACCAUUAGUCUAUAACCAAUGUGGUGUCAACUGGAAGGACGCGUGGUCCGGAUCUCACCUAAACGUUGAUACGUGUUGGGAGUGAUGCACUGGCUUCCCCUGGUUGCCAUGGUGAUCGCCUCGGCCCUGCCCUUCCCUCACAGCCCUGUGACCAGUACUGUUGCUGCGAUGACGGAGCCCGGCAGUAGCCUGGACGACCACACAGAGGACAUCGAUGACUCUUCCAGUCGCUCCCCCGGAUCUUACUCCACACUUCCAGCUCCUCAGGCAUACAAUGUGGACUACAAGGACUAUAAUAACCCCUCCAUAAUUAAAGAGGAGGUGCAAACUUUGAAAGGGAAGCGAAAACAACAAAGUUAUCUGUCAAAAAGCAAUUUUCCUACAGAAAACAUGAACAGCGUUGGUUUAAAUAAAUAUUCUAACACUGAUGGAGGAAAACUCAGGAGCACCAAUGGCAGCAGUCAUCAGGACUACCCCUCCCAGGAGAACUAUGUACUAGGGGACUAUAAACCAGACAGCAGCAGAGCUGGUGAUGACAGCAGCUUUAGAGACAUGGCUCAGAAGGAAAACCAUCAUCACUCUCUAGACCCCAGGACCGAUGAACAGGAUCUCAGACCUCCCAACAUGUAUGUGGUGGAAACUUACAAACCUUCCACUAAUGCUGGACACCAGAGUAAAACUGGGCCAGAUCCCUCCAGUCAGAGGACCCCGCAGAGAGCAGAGGCUAGGACAGAGAGCAGUGAUAACAGGGGAGAGGAGGGGAGGGAUGGUGGGCCUGGGGCAGGGGCUGGGAAAGGUCCGGAUCUGUCAGAGGAAGGAAUGGAAGUGGGUCUAGGGUUAGAGCAGGGUCAGGGGCUGGGAGGUGUAAAGGAGAAGCAAGAGCUGCUGUUUUUAGAUGCACACCCGCGGGUCCUUUUCUCUUCCUCUCCUCCAGAGCACCCGCCCCUCCUCCUCAUGCUGGAGUCAGGCAUGUUGCCCAUAGAAGGAGAGGACAAGGAGGAGGAGGAGGAGGAAGUGUCGGACGCAGACGGACACAUGGAGGGUCAUGGGGACCGAGAGACGGACGGGAGUGUGCCACUGAGCUGGGUGGACACUCUCAGGGGGGCCAGGGAGCCCCCUCGCCCCGCCCCCAGGCACAAGCGCUCGCACUUGCCCCACGCCGGGCGAGGUGAGAUGCCGGUGUGUGAGUCGGAGAGCGUGUGGGUAACGGACAAGACGACGGUAUUCGACGAUAGGGGUAAAACAGUCAACAUCGUGCCAGAGAUCAAGACAGUCAAGGGGGCGCUGAAGCAGUACUUCUAUGAGACUCGCUGCCGCCAAGAGGGGCAGCAGAGGGGCGGUGGGCCGCAGCGCGAGGCAGGAGGGGCAGGGGCCUCGGCAGCAGGAACAGGGACAGGACCCGUAGGUGUGUCCGGGGCCAGCUGCCGGGGCGUGGACAUCAGACAGUGGGUGAGUCAGUGUAAGGCCAAGGACACAUAUGUCCGAGCCCUCACUGUUGACAACAACGGUCUGCAGGGCUGGAGGUGGGUCCGCAUCAACUCGUCCUGCGUGUGUGUCCUACUGUCCAGAGUAACCAGGAAAAACAGAGGAAGGGAGUGAGGGCAGGAGAUGGAGGAAAGGUGGAGAGGAUAAUGUGGAAGAAAUGUUAACACAGAUAAUGCUUGGAACAUUGGAUGUAAUGUCAGUGAGACAGUAGGUGUUACUUUAUAGGCCAGGGUGCCUCUUAUCCAGAGCGACUUACAUUAGUGCAUUCUUCUUAUGAUAGCUGCACUCUUACAAAAAAAAGGGUUCCAAACGGGUUCUUUGGCUGUACCCAUAGGAGAACCCUUUUUGGUUCUAGGUAGAACCCUUUUUGAGGUUCUAUGUAGAACCCUCUGUGGAAAGGAUUCUACAUGGAACUCAAAAGUGUUCUACCUGGAACCAAAAUGGGUUAUUCAAAGGGUUCUCCUAUGGGGACUGCCAAAGAACCAUCACGGGCACAGUGAGAGUGACUACACAAAAACAAUAAAACCUCAACAAUACAACUUAGGGAAAACUAUCAUAUCAAAAUAGUGAUUUAAAAAAAGUACUGUUUGUUUCACAAUUGUUUCAUAUCAUACAUGUUAUUGCUGAGUAGUACUGUAUGUAAGCAUGAGUUUUAAAUUAAUAUAUUUCUUUAUAUAUGUGUACAAUAUGUGAACAGUAUGCUUUUAUGUAUGAAAGUAUGUAUAUUUAUAGAGAAAGGUACGUGGAAUGAUAGGUUUGUUGUUGUUACAUGAUUCCAGCCUCUGGCGUCUGGCCUCUGCUCUGAAUGGGAGCGGAAGGGACUGGCAGCAGCUAGUCAUUUAGCCUGAUACUGCUCAACACUGCAUACUGUGCACUGACCAAUCCCAGUCCUCCUUUGUGAAGUCUCACAGAGAACAUUAUCACUGAGUGCUUUAAUAGUAAGAUAGAGAGGAGAAUUGAGCCAUGUAUACUGUGAGCACAAUGCUGGGUGUCAUCAUGAUGCCCAUACUGUUGUCAUGAGAGCAACAGUCCAUUUACAGUGUUGCCAGUCAUAUGUGAUCAGAACAUUUGAGUGACCAAUAGAAACCAUGCAGCAGUGUGACAACCAUAGAAGCAUUUUAUCUCUAUCUCUCCCUGUAGUUAGAUCAUUAGAUGAUUGAAGAAUUCCAUUCGCCUCAGUUUGCAGUUUGAACUCUGCACUCGAUAGUAUAUGCAGUACAACAUAUUUAUACAUCUGGCUUUUUGUAAUACAUGUAUGUAUAUUGUAAAGGCCUGUUUCUUAUUCUAUAAGUAAAAGAUAAACUAUUAUAACUUA